AUGAUUGAAUAUAAAAGAUUUGUAAUGGCAAUGGUGACUAUUGCAAAGUUUUUGUUUGUCUCUUGUCGUUUGUUCAUCAAACUAAAUAUGUUUAUCGCUUGGCAAUGUUUUUGCUAUGCCAAUCAAGCAGGAAUUUGUUUUCAACUCCAAGGUCAAGCCGAAGUUGAUAGCCAUUUCAUCCAAUGUCAACUUUGUACAAUCAAAGACAGUCAAAAGAAAACAACUUUGCCAAUCAAAUACAACAACAACAGAACAGAUCAACUCAAAGUUAUAUCAAUUCUUAUUUGUUUUCAUUCAGUUCCUAUUUUUAUUCUCACUUUACCAAUAUUAGCUCAUCAUUGGCAACCAAGUAAAUUUUGUUUUUGGAUUACAAAAAGUUCCCAUUCCCUUCCGCAACCUCAUUCAGAGCCAAAAAUGGUUUUUGAUUAA